AUGGAAGAUUGGGAAGCUUUAGAUUAAGUAGAUGUAAGUGAGAUAAAAGUUCCUGUAAAAGUUGAAGACGCAGUGUUUGCUAAAAAAGAGGAAAAACCAGCUUAACCAUAAUAAUAAUAAAAAGAAGGAAAAAAUGAAACCCAAUAAGAAAAGAAAAAAGCAUUUACAGGAAAAACGAUAUAAUCUAAUGACUUAUUCAACUAACCUGAUAAUUCUAAGACCAAAACAAAAUUAUUAGAAAAAAAGAACAAUUCAUAAGCUAUAAAGGAUCUUUUUGAAGGUGCAAUAAGUGAACAUGCAUAAGCUUUGGAUAAUAUUUAACUAAAAAAUAUAUAAGAAUUCGAGCUUUUUGGUUAACUAUUAGGAAAUAAAUUAUCUGACCCUGAUUAUUAUUUAAUUCAUGUGGAGAAAUUUUUCGAAAGCUUUUUAGAUGGAAUUUAUGAUAAAUUAACUUCGAAAGAAUUUUAAGCAAUUUCAACAAAAGUAAAUGUAUUAUUAACUAAAAAAUAAAAAGAAGAAAAAACUGGACCAAAAAAAGUUAAGGCUAAAGGACCUACUGUAGUUGCUAGUAAAAAUAAAAUUGCUAAAAAUUUAGAAGCAAGGGGUUCUGAUGAAUCUUCUUAGGAUGAUUAUAAUUAUAAAGCUAAUUUUAAUGAAGAUGAUUUUAUGUGA